CUGAAAGGGUUAGCGCUUGUAAACAGCUUCCACUUGUUUAGCAAGAUGCCAGUCGCUGGCUGUUCAGAGAUUGAAUAUUCAGUGAAACAAGUGUAAAUAUUUAACUUAAAUUCCUCAGCCUCGUGUUCUCCUCCAACAGAGAAGUCACAUUAUUUUUUUAUAAACUUUAACUGCUAAUAGCAUGAACAAGAUCCCUCACUACACAUGACAGCACACCACAGAGAGACUAAGAUAUGCUUAUAAUGCUGUCAUCCAAUCAGAAGCAGUUUCAAUAUCUCUGAUGCAUCAGCCUUGGCUUGAUUCUAUAUACAGAGUGACAAUGUUUUGCAGUAAAUGAGUGGACUGACACAAGAAAGUUGUACAGGUUGAAAUAAAAUUUUGAUUCCUGCAAGAGCACAUUACAUCUAGCGCUGUCAAGAUGAGCGUCAACUUCCACACAACAGAUACCUGGAGAUUAGUAAAUGUUAAAGAACAAAAUUCUUAUCAAUACAGCACACUGGGCAGGAAAACCUUCCAGAGCCGAUUUAUGCAGAAAGAUGGAAGCUGCAAUGUGUAUUUCAAAAGUAUAAUCAAAGAGUGGGAAAGCUAUGUGGUUGAUAUAUUCACAACAUUGGUGGACAUAAAAUGGCGUCAUAUGCUCAUCAUAUUUUCAUUGUCUUAUGUACUGUCAUGGCUGUUCUUUGGCUUCAUAUUUUGGAUUAUAGCUCUUCAGCAUGGGGAUAUGCACAACAUGGAAAUCACACCUUGCGUUGAUAAUGUUCGCACAUUCUCCGGUGCAUUUCUUUUCUCUCUGGAGACCCAAACAACAAUUGGAUAUGGUAGUCGAUGCGUAACAGAGGAGUGCUACUUAGCUAUUAUCUUAGUUACUCUCCAGUCAGUUCUAAGUUGCAUUAUUGACACAUUUAUUAUAGGUGCGGCUAUGGCAAAGAUGGCAACUGCACGCAAAAGAGCCCAGACCAUACGAUUUAGCUACUUUGCCCUAGUAGGAAUGAGGGAUGGGAAACUAUGUCUGAUGUGGCGCAUUGGAGAUUUCCGGGCAAAUCAUGUAGUGGAAGGAAAUGUAAGAGCACAACUUUUACGUUACAAUGAAGAUCACGAAAAAGGAAUCACAAUGGACUAUAAAGACCUUAAACUGGUUAAUGAUCAAAUUAUAUUGGUUACUCCAGUGACUGUAGUACAUGUAAUUGACAAAGAUAGCCCAUUGUAUGCCUUAGAUCGUAAAGCGUUGGCUUCAGAUAGAUUUGAGAUAUUAGUCACUUUUAUAUAUACUGGUGACUCAACUGGAACAUCUCAUCAGUCACGAACAUCUUAUUUACCCCGUGAAAUCCUCUGGGGUUUUAGAUUUAACAACAUCUUGUUGACCAAGAAAAAAUACUAUAAAGUGGACUUUGACCAGUUUGAGGAAAUGACAGAAUAUUAUGCACCUUUCUGUAGCGCAAAGCAGUUGGACAUCAACUCCCAACCAGGAAGGCCAUCAACAAGCUCCAUGGCCAAUGGAUUAACCAAUGUCUCACUUAGCAUAACUACAGUGUCAUCACUCAGCACUGUGGAUAGCAGCAGUGCAGAUCAUGCUGAGAACAAUUCAGGACUGGUAUUCCAGGAGAUAAGUGAAAAAAAAGUGAAGAAAGUAUUUACGACAUAAAGUAUAAUGCUAUUGGAAUUUUAAAAUAAAUGCAAUACUGGACAAGAACUGCUAUGCUUCUAGACAUCGUGUUGGAGUACAGUGUUCAUUAUGCAAACGCAGCAAUAUUUUAAAGUCAACAAUCAAAAUGGCUCCAUGUCUAAGCCAUAACAUUGAUACAAAAAAAUGCAAACAAAUAUGUUGUAGAUGCAAGUUAGAAAAACUGUAAACUGUACUGACUAAUAAGUAGUGAUGGUUAAAUGUUUUUGUUAAAAACAACAAAUGUUGUUUUUCAUUGUUCUUACAUUUUGCCAAACAUUCCAUGACUGUUUUUCUACUAUUAAUCAAGGCUACUAUUUGAAUAUUUAGUAAAACAUUCAACUAUUAAUUUUUGAUUGUCAAUGUACAUAGAAUUCUAUGUAAGAAUAUUGGACUAAAUAUUCAAAAAUGUAAUAUAUGAAUGUUAGUUUUGACUAUUUGAAUUCCACAUUCAAUAUUUGAAUGUUAACAUUAAGGGGUAUAUUCCAAUUUUUUGGUCAUCCAAAAUAAUGUUUUUAUAGCAUUCUUACCAAUCUCUGUGAAGCAUUUGUGUUUGAAUAUUUUAGGUGUCCAAAAUACAUCAGAGAUAAUUCUGAACCAUCUCAAUUUCGUACAUUGUGAUUGGGUAAAUAUGUUAAAAGCAUAAAACAGGCACAUAUUUGCAGACUUUUCAUGGACUGAACCAAAAUAUGUGCACCUAAUGGCAAACAGAAAUCAAAAUACAUUAUUGAUUAUGGCUGCUUGGCAUUUUUUAAGUUUGUUAAUAGUCUCUAAAUAAACUCUAUGAUGUCAUGAAAACAUGCCAAAGCCUAAAUGUGUAGUGCUACAAUGGGAAAAAUGUAUUUCCAACUGCCUAAAGGUUUUGAAAAAUGGUGCCAAAUCUGUUUUUUGAAAGAUUAGAAUAGGUUUUAUAAGGAGACACAUUUAUAAGAGGCUUGAUUCUCUAGAGGUCUCCAAAAUUGUCUGAAAAGAUCACUGUACAAUAAGGUCCUUCUUUGGAUUCUGGAAAGGCAUUUAGCUUGAUAGCUGUGUAUCUCAGGGGCAUACGUACCCUUCAUAUAGUGUUAAAUAAAUAUACAGUUUUCAAUUAUAUUGAAAUUUUAAAUUAAAAAUUAUAAUUAAAGUUUGCAUUAUAAACUGCAUUAAUAAUUCACAUUAAUAUCUUUUUUUUUUUUUAAAUACACAGCUAUAUUACAAUAUUAUGGUGUAAAACAUAUUUCAAGCAUGGAGGAAAUAAUUAUAUUCAAUGUUCAUGAUAAUAUUGUAUUUAAUAUACAAUGCAAUAUUAAAAUACAAAUUUAAAAUGAUAUGUAAAAAAGUAUAUAAUUCAAAGAGUACAAAAAAGUUUGAGUGGGCUGAACAGAUGCCCUACUUGGUUGUUACUAAGUGCUCUCAUAGGUCUUACUGUAUUUUCCAAGUAUUUUGCCUUUUCAAAUCUCACUGGUUUAUAUGCCAAAUAUAUGCUGGAGAGUUUAUUAUAAAAAAAACCCCAAAAAAACCAAAACAUAAUGCACUUAUUAAGCUGAUAGAAAAAGUCGUACAGUAUAUGGAAAUCUAUAAGCCAAUGAAAGUUAAAAUACACUAAAAAUGCCUCAAUUUGAUUUGCAUUUGCUAAUAAAAAAGUGUUAGCAGAGGGUUCUCUCCCCUGCAAGAUUGUCCAUUUCAGAAUGCUUCAUAACUCACUUGCCAGGAUAAUGUAAGUGGGGUCAGCACCCAUGCUUAUGCACAAGCUUUAUUUAAAAUCUAUAUACUUUACUUUAGUGCACCUUUGUUAAAAGACACUGUGUAUUUAUAACGUUGCUCAAGGGCCGAUUCUAAAAAGGUCUCUAGGCUGGUGAGAUUCUAUAAGAAUGCUUGCCAGUCCUUCUAUUUCCCUGGUGGAAUUAUAUAAAGUACUGAAAACAGGGUGUCUCGCUACGGGGUGUAUUCUGCAUUUUCGUAUGGGAAAGAGAUGCAUACAGAAAACUGCUCAAUGAAAAUAGUAAUUUAAAAAUCAUACAAAACAAUAAUAAUUUAACCAUUUACACAAAUAUAGCCAGGGAAAAAUUGUAUUAAGGUGCAACAAAAAUCGUAACAUAAUGUUCACCAAAAAUCGUAUUUUUUUAAAAAAAACUUCAAAUUUGUAGGUAAAUUACACAGGAAUAAAUUGUAUUAAUAUGCAGAUCAUAAAUCAUAAUUUAAGUACACUGGCUGUGUAAAAAAAAGCAAGAAUUUUGUGCUUACUUGAUAAAGUAUAUGCAAUCUGAUAUUAUUAGUGUCAUACCAACACCUGACUGGUACUCGUACUUACUUGAUAAAGUAUAUGCAAUCUGAUAUUAUUAGUGUCAUACCAACACCUGACUGGUACUCGUACUUACUUGAUAAAGUAUAUGCAAUCUGAUAUUAUUAGUGUCAU